AUGCCAUCACAAGCGCAAUAUGUGGAGAAGAUCAUCCGCGACCGCAUAGCCGACGGUGUCUUCUACAAACAGCAUCUUCAUGGUACAAAUGAAGCGACAAUUCUCCCGGUGAUCGUUGCUCACGUUGACUACAUUGGCGGGACCGACUCGCAGGGCAAACCGCUGCCGUUCCUCUGCUGUCUCCUCCGCUUACUCGAAAUCAACCCGUCCGAAAAGGUUAUAUUUGAUGUCUACAUGGAUCAGUUGGGGUCCAAGGAGUUCAAGUACGUUACCGCCCUUGUGUUGGUCUACGUACGGCUUGUGCUUCUGCUGGCCCGAAUAUUUCAGACGCUAGAGCCCUUUUACCUCGAUUACCGAAAGUUACGACUUCGGCUCAAGACCCCUCAGUUUGAUCGUCAGACCCAGGUUCCCAUCCACUUUAAAUUGACUCAUAUUGAUGAGCUUGUGGACGAUCUAUUAACGAAAGAGCGCGUGUUUGAUAUUCAUCUUCCAAGGCUUGUGCCUCGACUUACCUUACUCGAACGGGGUGAAGUUGAACCGCGCCAAUUUGCCGUGGUACCUGAGGACGACCUGGACUCCAGCGACUUUGCCAGUGACUCGGAAUAA